AUGAUGCAUUGCAGAUCUCUUGUUGGAUGCUCUCGUUUACCACUUUCCACACUGUCAUUUGCUGCUGGCAAACAUGUUCCUAGUUUGUACUUGGCUACGCAAGACAGUUAUGCAGAUUUGAAACUGACAGCCAAGAAGGUCUUGCCCUUGCUGCAUCGCAUCGGACACCAGUACACCGGGAGCAAUGGCCAGGUGCCCGUGCAGAAAAUACACCCAUUUUGCCAAGCCAAAACUCUUUCGAAUGUUAUUUUUGAGUCUCCUUUAACUGAGAGUGAACAGAUGCGAUUUUCAAAUAAAUCUCAGAGUGUAGAUUUAUACAAAUGUCCUUCCAGGCAUACAGAGAUGUUUAGUAACAUGAUAAUUUUAGAUAAUGUUCCAUCAGCAUCAUCAUUUUAUGAUUGCCCAGAAUCAUCUUUGAUAGACAGUUUAAAGGCACCAACUGUAGAGAAAUCUCAGAUCUCGGAAAAACCUGGCACAACUGCUCCCAAAAUGGAAGCCAAAAUUAUAAUGAGGAUAAGACAUAAGAAAAUGAAGAAACAUAAAUUGAAAAAAUUGAGAAAAAGAAUGUAUGCUUUGUGGCACCGACAGAAACUGGCCAGGAAAGCCAAGAGGAUGAAAAUUUAUUGGAAAGAAAUAGAAGAAAUAAAGAAAUCUGCAGAACAAUUCAACGCUGAGGAGUUUGUGAAAGAGCAGAUAGCGAAGGCGAAGAAAGGGGGGUUUUCUGUGAGUUUACUGAGAUAA